CAUCAAGGGGACACCGGUAGCUAGCGUCAUCCCGAAUCAGAAAUACGCUUUCUUUCAAUAUACAUGUUGGUCUGUGCCAGAUUUGUUUAUCUGUUCCAUCAAUAUGGUAAGACUCCCUCCCUAAUUCUUAUUUUUCCAACGGUUGAGUUACGUUUGGGCAUAGAAUUUAGCGUCCUGUCCAGUAGCUAUCAAGACAAGCUCCCUCACGCUACAGAAACAGGUGAAAUAUUGGCCUACCAUCGGCCAUUCUGGCUCAUACAUUACUUUAUUUACUGUGUGUCUCGAAAACACAGCUGCUGUCAAACCAGUGUUCAGUAAGCUCUGAGCCUGAUGCAUCUGUCCUCUUAAGGAAUAAAUUAUUAUUAGAAUCAACACAGUUUCAAAUCUUGCAAAUGAAUGUUAGAGAGGAUGAUGACACAGAGACAGAUAGGCCUGCAGGCAAUUCCAGAACCCUCACCGUGGCGGUGUGCUCCGCUGCCAUCGGUGGCACCUUCCAGUAUGGCUACAACCUCUCCAUCAUCAACGCCCCCACCAACCACAUCCAGAGGUUCAUCAAUGACACAUACUGGGAGCGCUGGGGAACCGGCCUAGACACCUCCCAGGUGACCCUGCUGUGGACCGUGAUCGUGUCUGCCUUCUCCCUGGGUGGCCUGACCGGGGCUCUUCUGGCAGGACCCAUGGCUGUCCACUGUGGCAGGAAGAACUCACUACUUCUCAAUAACUCUUUCUUGUUCCUCGGUGCAGUCCUCGCCCUUACCAGCAGGGCGGCGAGGUCAGUUGAGAUGAUUAUUUUUGCCCGCCUGCUAGUGGGGGUCAACGCUGGAGUGAGCAUGAACGUCCAGCCCAUGUAUUUCGUAGAGAGCGCCCCCAAACACCUGCGUGGCGCUGUGGCCUUCUCCUCGGCCGUGUUCACUGCAUUUGGGAUCUUCCUGGGCCAGGUGGUGGGUCUAACGGAGCUGUUGGGUACCGAGCCCCUCUGGCCCUACCUCCUGGCCAGCAAUGCCCUCCCAGGCCUCCUCCAGCUACUCACCCUGCCCUGGUUCCCUGAGAGUCCCCGCUACCUGCUCAUGGACCGGGGGAACAAGGAGGCGUGCGCCCGGGCUCUGGGUAGGUUCCGCGGCGGGGCUGACUUCAGCCUGGAGAUGGAGGAGAUGCUGCAGGAGCAGGCUGACGCCGGUGGGGCCACAGCCAAGAGUCAGACUCCCUGGGACCUGUUCUCCAACCGCUCCCUCCACCCCCAGCUACGCACUGUGAUGGCUGCUAGCAGUGCCAUGAUGCUGUGUGGUAAUGACUCUAUCUACUUCUAUGCCUCGUACAUCUUCCUAGCAGCUGGGAUCCCUGUGGAGAAGGUCCAGUAUGUUUCUAUCGGCACUGGGGCCUGCGAGUUCACUGCUGCCGUCGUGUGUAACCUGCUGGUUGAGCGUGUGGGCCGCAGGAUGCUCCUCAUUGGCGGAUACGCCCUGAUGGCGGUCUGGGCGCUGGUCUUCACCCUGGCCCUGACCCUCCAGGGCUACUCUGUCCCAGGGAUGCCCUAUCUCAGCAUGGCCUGUGUGUUCUGCUAUAUCCUCAGCUUUGGUAUGGGCCCUGCCGGGGUUACGGGAAUCUUGCCUGCUGAGAUCUUUGACCAGAUGGCUCGGCCUGCGGCCUACAUGGUGGCUGGGUCCCUCAUGUGGAUCAACCUCUUGAUAGUAGGCAUGGCUUUUCCAUUCAUAGUGAGUUACCUCAAUGCGCUCUGCUUCAUCCCGUUCUGUUGCGUCUGUGUGGCGACCUCUUUGUUUGUGGGCCUCACUCUGCCCGAGACCAAGGGCAGGACACUGGCUGAGAUCACAGCAGAGUUUGAUAGGAGGAGUCUUUUGAAGAAGGGCCCAGAGAAGCAGGGGCCCGAGCCCAUGAAGGAGCAAUAUCAGCUGGGUAAAGCUCUCUCUCUCACCACCAUAGACCCAGAGCCCCUCUCUCAUCUCCUAGACCCAGAGCCUCUCUCUCUCACAGCCCUAGACCAGAGCCUCUCUCUCUCACAGCCCUAGACCCAGAGCCUCUCUCUCUCACAGCCCUAGACCCAGAGCCUCUCUCUCUUACAGCCCUAGACCCAGGGCCCCUCUCUCACAGCCCUAGACCCAGGGCCUCUCUCUCACGGCCCUAGACCCAGAGCCUCUCUCUCUCACCAUCCUAGACCCAGAGCCUCUCUCUCACCACCGUAGACCCAGAGCCCCUCUCUCACUGCCCUAGACCCAGAGCCCCUCUUUCACCACCGUAGACCCAGAGCCCCUCUCUCACCGCCUAGACCCAGAGCCUGGGGGAACAGUCUGGGGGUUUGAGGGUGGGGUAUUUAUAUGAAUUAUAUUUAAUUAUGGUGUAUGAAUGUGGUGCCUUGCCCUAAACCAAAUAGCCUAUACCUCUUUAUGAACUCACUGUAAUCAAGACUGCUGUUAUAAUGACAAAUUAAGGCUGUCCCCGACUAAAAAUAAAAUCUUGGUCGACCGAGAGUCUUCCUGUUCUUUCGACCAAUCAAAAUGUUUAAACUUAUUGCGCUGUCCUUGCUGAAACUGCAACAUCAUUUCAGCCAUUUAGUUUCUUACUUGUUUCUGACUGAAAAGUUAUGUUAUCGAAAUCCAUAAUUUGUUUCCAAAAAAUAUUCCCUAUUCCCUCAACCCUUGCUCUCUUUACAUGAAACAUGUAAGCAUCGCAUGCAUGUGAUCAAUAGGGCCUAUAGCCUAUCAUAAUCACAUCAAUAAAUUGCUUAUAACAAACUCCAAACCCAUAAUGUCAACUAGCAAAAUGGAUGCGGAGGACAUGGAAAAAGAAACUCAAAAUGGGCGAAUAUUUACUGGUUUCUCAAGAGGGAAAGGGGAAGUCAGAUCUGUCGAAGACAUUUGACUUAAUUGUGGAAACUACUGGAGAUGAAGAAAUAUUUGGGUAUAGGCGCAAGCGUUGUGAGUAUCGUGUGCCAAGCAGUUGCUGUUAGAUUACAAUAUUAUCAUUUUUUUAUAACCAUUUGGAACAGUCUAAACACCACUAAAUAAAUAAGUGUACCAGAGAGUCUGUACUAAUGAAAAAAAACGAAUAUAUAAAGCCUUUAUUACAUCAGAUUAAAAACAGUUGCAUGCAUUCAUGAAUUGCGGUUUAUUUAUUGAUUCGGUAAAUUAUUCAAAGCUUCCGUUAUUUAAUUGUAAAACUAAAAUGCUUGAUUGCAUUUCAAAGCAUGUUUGUCUCGUAUGCUUUGUGAUGGCAUGAACGAACGAAGGCUUGAAUGAUUGAUUGAUACAGUAUCCUAUAUAAUGAAAUAUAGGCCUAAGUAAGUUAUGGUAUUAAGACUAAACAGGACGUGCUCUUAGGCCUACACCUCGAUGGUGGUUAUACAAGGUUAAAAUACAAAGCCUACUAAUGAUGACGACAUUACUCAUUAUUAUAAUGAUUAAAAACAGCCAAAUCUGUGAAAUUGCUUUAGCCGCCAUUUUGCCGUUGCAUGAGGCUUGGUGCUCAUGGAAUUAGUAGGCUGUUAAAGAAACACUCAAACAGGCAACAGAAGCAAUAGCUGUCUUAUUUCUGUAGAUGUAUAUGGAUGAUUUAUAAAGCCAGGCACAUUUAACAGUUAGGCUAUUCAUUAUAGACCUAAUUCAAUUGUGGUUUCCUCGCUCCUCAAUUUUCUUAGACAAUUAGGCUACGGUAAGGGCUGUUUCCCCGUCUCUGCUGCUGCCUCCACCGCAUUGUUCUUAAUCCCAAUAUCCUGGUUAACUUUGCUAUUAUGCACAUAGCAACAUAGGGAAAGGCAGCAAUUCUAUGGCGCACUGAAGAUUGUUUCAGAACCGCGGACAGUGACUGUAUCCAAUGCGCGUGAGAACUAAUUUGUUCUAAAUUAAUAUUUGAUUAAUUAAUGUUGCACCAUUAUUUUUACCUAAUAUAACCAUGUAAAAUUUCAGUAUCACGUCUUAGAGUGAUGGAUUGUGCCCUCCCCUUGGCCUCUGCAAUGGAUUAGUCCACUGAGACAGCCGUGAAUCAGACAGGUCUUGUGCACCAUGAAAAAAAAUUACAAUAAUUGCUACUGCUUGACUAAAGACAUCUCGGUCGACCAACAGCUUAUCGGCCAAUGAAUUGACCAGUCGACUAAAUGGGAGUCAGCCCUAUAAUGAAUGAUUUUGAAUAAUGAUUUUGCACUAUAUUAUUGCUAUGAUUUCUUUAUCAAACCUCCAUUACCUCCAUUAUGUUUAGACUGAUGUAAUUAUGGUGCAGUUUGAGUCAGAUAUGUUCCUUCCAUGCAUGUGUGAUAUGGGGAAAGGGCAUUGUCUGGUUAUACUUGAAUAUCAGUACUGUACUACUCUCAUCAAGUCCAGUCUCUACAGUUAUGUACAAUUUAGAAUGUUGUAAGCUCGACCUAUUUUGCUGUAAAUGCCAAACCUUAAUUGAUAUUGAUUGUUGCAGUAUGUUUACAGUAUAUAAUGCAUGUUUUAUUUAUCACCAAAAGGAGUGUUGGAUUAUGUAUUUUCAUCCUAUUUUGUCUGUUUGAUCAGGAAAUCACCAGCUAUUUUCACUCUUUAUGCCACAACACAAACACUUAAAACACAUAAUAUAGGCUAUAAUGUUACUAUUUAAAUUACUAUCCAGAAUGUCCAUUAAGUGGCAUCAUUGCGCUGAGUAAAUCCUUUGUUUCAGGAUUUCAUGUAUGUACCUUCAGUAUCAGGUUAUCUAUGCACUUUCAAACAUGACAAAUAAACUCUAUGAAGCCAUUAUUUGCAAUUCUUGCUUUGUAUGUAUUUGAGUGUUAGACUGAAACAAGUGCUGAUGUCAAUCCAGCAAUAUGUUUCUGUUAUGAAACAACUAUAUAAUAUAGAUACAGUACCAGUCAAAAGUUUGGACACAUUCAGUCAUUCCAGGGUUUUUCUUUAUUUUUACUAUUUUCUACUUUGUAGAAUAAUAGUGAAGACAUCGAAACUAUGAAAUAACACAUGGAAUCCUGUAGUAACCAAAAAAGUGUUAAACAAAUCUAAAUAUAUUUGAGAUUUUUCAAAGUAUCCACCAUUUGCCUUGAUGACAGUUUUCCGCACUCUUGGCAUUCUCUCAACCAGCUUCAUGAGGUAGUCACCUGGAAUGCAUUUUAAUGAACAGGUGUGGCUUAAUUUGUGGAAUUUCUUUCCUUCUUAAUGCGUUUGAGCCAAUCAGUUGUGUUGUGACAAGGUAGGGGUGGUAUACAGAAGAUAGCCCUAUUUGGUAAAAGACCAAGUCCAUAUUAUGGCAAGAACAGCUCAAAUAAGCAAAGAGACAUGACAGUCCAUCAUUACUUUAAGACAUGAAGGUCAGUCAUUCCAGAAAAUGCCAAGAACUUUGAAAGUUUCUUCAAGUGCAAUCACAAAAACCAUCAAGCACUAUGAUUGCAGGCCAAAUAAAUGCUUCAUAGAGUUCAAGAAACAGACGCAUCUCAACAUCAACUGUUCAGAUGAGACUGUGUGAAUCAGGCCUUCAUGGUCAAAUUGCUGCAAAGAAACUACUACUAAAGGACACCAAUGAGAAGAGACUUGCUUGGGCCAAGAAACACGAGCAAUGGACAUGAGACUGGUGGAAAUCUGUCCAAAUGUGAGAUUUCUGGUUCCAACCGCAGUGUCUUUGUGAGACGCACAGAAGGUGAACGGAUGAUGUUCGCAUGUGUGGUUCCCAUUGUGAAGCAUGGAGGAGAUGGUGUGAGGGUGCUUUGCUGGUGACACUGAUUUUAUUUAGAGUUCAAUGCACACUUAACUAGCAUGGCUAACACAGCAUCCUGCAGCGAUACACCAUCCCAUCUGGUUUGCACUUAGUGGGACAAUCAUUUGUUUUCCAACCGGACAAUGACCCAAAACACACCUCCAGGCUGUGUCAGGGCUAUUUGACCAAGAAGGCGAGUGAUGGAGUGCUGCAUCAGAUGACCUGGCCUCCACCAUCACCCAACCUCAACCCAGUUGGGUUUGGGAUGAGUUAGACCGCAGAGUGAAGGAAAAGCAGCCAACGAGUGCUCACCAUAUGUGGGAACUCCUUCAAGACUGUUGGAAAAGCAUUCCAAGUGAAGCUGAUUGAGAGUGCCAAAAUUGUGCAAAGCUGCCAUCAAGGCAAAGGGUGGCAUCUUUGAAGAAUUUCAAAUAUUUUGAUUUGUUUAACACUUUUGUUUUUGUUACAACAUGAUUCAAAAUUUGUUAUUUCAUAGUGUUGAUGUCUUCACUAUUAUUCUACAAUGUAGAAAAUAAUGAAAAACCCUUGAAUGAGUAGGUGUGUCCAGACUUGACUGGUACUGUAUAUAACCUAUAAAAUACUGCAUGCUGUAUUCUACCAUUUCUGUAAUGAUGAUAAUAUAUUUAAAAUGCAAGAAAUCUAUCCUAAUUCAAAUCUAAUGUCUUGAGAAGAACUGUUACAAUAAUUUUUCAAUAAGGCCAUCAGCUCAGGUGCCUACACUCACCAUAGACAUGUAAACAUUUAUACAUUUAUAUUUUUGUAAUUUAGUAAGGUGUUCUUAUCAAGAAUGACUUAGUUAUUAGCACAUUCAUCUUAAGAUAGAUAGGUGAGACAGCCACAUAUCACAGUUGUAGUAAGUACAUCUUUCUCAAAGUAAUCAGGAAAAGGCAAGUGUUGUUUAAAUGUUUUUGUCGCUGUGGGAUGUAAUGAAGAUUCUUUGAAGAGGUAGGUUUUCAGACGUUUUUGGAAGAUGGUCAAGGGACUCAGCCGUACUAACGUCCGGGGGAAGCUCAUUCCAAUAUUGGGGUGCCAGGACAGAGAAGAACUUUGACUGGGACGAGCGGGAGCUGACCCGGCCAAGAAACUAGAAAUGGCUUGGGGUGUAGGGUUUGAGCAUAGCCUGAAGGCAGUGGUGUAAAGUACUUGAGUAAAAAUACUUUAAAGUACUACUUAUGUUGUGUUUUGGAGUAUCUGUACUUCACUAUUUAUAUUUUUUGACAACUUUUACUUUGCUAUGUUCCUAAAGAAAAUAAUGUACUUUGUACUUUUAUUAUUUUGAGCGUUUAGCAGGACAGAAAAUGGUCCAAUUCACACACUUAUCAAGAGAACAUCCCUGCUGCCUCUGAUCUGGCAGACUCACUAAACACAAAUGCUUAGUUUGUAAAUUAUGUCUGAGUGUUGGAGUGUGCCUCUGGCUAUCUGUAAAAAAUAAUAAUAAUUGUGCCAUCUGGUUUGCUUAAUAUAAGGAAUUUUUAAUUAUUCAUGCUUUUACUAUUGAUACUUAAGUAUAUUUUAGCAAUGACAUUUACAUUUGGUACUAAAGUAUAUUUCAAACCAAAUACUUUUACUCAAGUAGUAUUUUAAUGGGUGACUCACUUUUACUUGUCAUUUUCUGAGGUAUCUUUACUUUUACUCAAGUAUGACAAUUGGGUACUUUUUCGACCACUGACUGAAGGUAGGGAGGAGGCAGUUCCCCUUGCUGCUCCAUAGUCAAGCACCAGGGUCUUGAAGUGGAUGCGAGCUUCCACUGAGAGCCAGUGGAAAGUGCAGAGGAGCUGGGUGACAUGGGAUAACUUGGGAAGGUUCAACAUCAGGCGGGCUGGCUGCGGCGUUCUGAAUAAGUUGCAAGGGUUUGAUGGCACAACCAGUGAACCCAGCCAGCAGAGUUGCAGUUGUCCAGAUGGGAGAUUACAAGUACCUGGAUUAGGACCUGUGCCGCUUCCUGUGUGAGGAAAGAAUUUUCUACGGAUGCUGUAGGGCAUGAACCUGCAGGAGAGAGUCACUGCUUGGAUGUUUGCAGAAAACAGCAGGGUGUUAUUCACGCUGAGGUUCUUUGCACUCUGGGUGGGGGACACCAUAGAGUUGUCAACCGUGAUGGAGAGGUAUUUGAGUGGGCUGGCCUUCCUGGGUGUGUGUGGUUCACUUUAAACCCGACAUGCUGUGGAAACUCAACACACAACGUGCAACUGGGAGCAGAGCAGGGCGGACAGAUGCAACGUGGAACACAAACACACACCGAGAAAAUGCUGACUCCAGGCAACAACAACAGAGGAAGCAGCAGCAAAUGCAGUAGUAGCAGAAAGAAGAAAACCAUCAAGAAAACCACCAGAGGAACCCCCCUCACUGCUCUCCUCUCCCCAGGACCACAGUUCUGAGAUGGGCUGCUUCUCGGGACACCAACCCAUGGCUCCUGUGCUUCAUCCAGACCUGGACUGUGGCA